AUGAAUAAUCAGAACAGUUUAGAAUCAGAAAAACCUACUAGCAUGGAAAGCAGCCAGGGUUCCUCUGCAAAUUCAACAAAUAUAGAAAUGAGUUCUAUUGCAGAGGGAGAGAAGUCUUCCGGCAUUCUUAUGAAGAUGGACAAGUACGAGAGGGUUACAGAAAAGGGAGUGCCUCUUCUCAAAAGAGUUUCUUUUUCUCUGCCAGAGGGGAAAAUGACAGCGCUGCUUGGUCUGAGCGGAGAUGGAAAGUCUACGCUAAUGGACGGAAUGGCAGGGCUGUGCAGUCCCUCGCACAAAACAUACGGAGAGGUGUACGUUAAGGGGAAGAGCGGGGUGCUUGAGAAAAGAAAGGCAGAAGAGUGGUUCAGCCGGGUGAACUACACACAGCAGAGCAUGAUUGAGUACAAAAAGAUCCCAGCGUACGAUGUUCUGUGCUCAAUUGCAAAGUGCUAUGGAAAGAACGAGCAAGAGGUAGACGACUACAUGUCGAUGCUGAGAAUCUCAAAGGUGAAGAAAGUGCAUUUUAACAACCUGUCUGGGGGUGAGCAGAGAAGAGCCAUGGUCAUUGCAGGGCUGCUUGCACAGAAGGACUUGAAUAUAUGGGACGAGCCACUGACAGGGCUAGACUCAGAAAUGGCGCGUGUGAUUCUUUCCAUGAUGAAAAAGUCACAGAGCACAAAUUUGGUGACCGUGCACCAGGUGUCAGAAGACCUGAUGAGGCGGUUUGACCAUGUGAUUCUUAUGCACAAGUCGACUAUUAUAUACUCAGGACCAGCAGAAGAGAUAAAGAAGUACUUCGCAGACAAGGGAAUAGAGUUUCCCGCAGACGCAUUUUAUGUGAACUAUCUGAUGCAGCUCUGUGCAGAGAACAGCGACAAUCACACGGAUAUAAAGAACAUUGAGAUAUUCAACACACUGGCAAAUGAAAUUGUUCACUCGCCAUGUGGAGAGAAAGCUGGAGAAAACAUUAAGUUCCUGCCUCUACAGUUAAAACUAUCCUUCACAGGAAUUAUGGAAAUACUUAAAAGAUCGCUAUAUAUGGAUAGGUUAUUCAAAGGGAGCUCUGUUAUUGGAAACUUACUAUUUCCAUUGUUUUUAACUACAGUAGGAUCGAUUGCUUUCAUUUUAUUUAUAAACCAGGCAUGCGGGCCAAAAGAAAACAGAAGCCCCAUAGAAAAAUACUACUAUUCUGAUCAAGCAUUGUAUUAUCCAAAUGUUCUCUACUUAUUUAAGAAAAAACUAAGUGAGUCGCCAGAUGUGGAUGCACUGUUUCUGAAACAGGUUAGCGCUAUACAUACAGUAGUUGCUAACAUUGGAUGGGUCUCCAUUCUUUCAAAGUUAUUUAACUCUGCUCUCUUUUAUGGAGGAUCUAUUGGCUGUUUAAUGGUUCCAGGCAGCUUCUUGGUUAUAGAGUUCUAUAAGCUAUGCAAAACCAGUAUAGCAGCAAAGCAGUUUAAAGUGGGAGACUUUAUGGGCGCGCAGGUUGUAGAUAUUAUUGUUAGAAAAUCAUUUGUUCUAUGGGUCAUUUUGAUGGCUCUCUAUUUUGUGGUAUAUCGUAUAGUAGAUCCAAAUCUGCUGAGUGCAACUACAAUUGGACACUUGCUUCCUAUGACUAUUUUAGUUUUCUCUGUCUUGCUGAUGGGCCUGCAUGCUGUAAUGCUUCACUAUGCGCCUAUUACACUGAAGCUAUUUGGGCUAUUUUCAGGUUUAUACAUAUUGAUUACACAAGGAAUUCCAGGAAAAUUCUAUAGUAUAGCUAGUACUUUACAAAAUCCAUAUGGGCAUGUACUUAGUAUAGAUGAAUGCAUCAGUAUAUUUACCAAAGAAUCAGUGGAUGAACUGAUCAAAAUGGUAAAAAGCACUGAAAUGAGCGAUGAAAAGAAAAAGUUAGCCAGUUUAGGACUUAACAUAGCAGUUAAAAUGACAAGAUUCUUUAUAGUAUGCGAUCCCUCGCUGUACUUUUCGCAAAUUCUGGCAAAGGUUUCGCUAUACAACAAUAAGAUUACAAUUGACUCAGAAUUAGCAAAAACAAUUAACGCUAAGGUAAUCACCAGAAUUGCUGAGGGAAUAGAGGCCAUGGGUGGGGAAGAAAAUGAAAGUGACCAGGAUCAUAAAUUUAGUACAGAUGGUUCAAUGGGUGCGCAUUUAACAAAAUACUUGAUGACUGCUUGCUUGGACAGAGCGCCAAAUGAGGUGUUUAACAAUUCAGUUUCUCUGAAAAAAAUCUCUCUUUUCCAUAUUGGGUGGAGUGUAUUGAGAUUUUGGCUCUUACCUAUUGCACUAUUAGCACUAACUGGCCUAUACACAUACAGAUUUAUGCUGCCCAAGCUAAGAAACUGA